AUGCACUCACGUGUUGCUGCUGUGAAGGCACCCCGCACACACAACCGUCGCCGCGUGACCGGAUCCAGCGGGAGGAGGAGGGAAGGAAGAGAGAGUAAGCUGCAGAGGCCCAACAUGUCGCGGCGUGUGUUUAAUUCCUCGGUGCUGCUCCUCGUCGUCGUGAUGUGGAUGUGCUGCGGCACUGGUGGGGAUGCAGCCGCUGAGGAGUUGCCACAGUCGUGUCCGGGAUGUUCAUCAGGGAGAUUGUUUGUUUGGAGAAAUACGACACCUGAAGAAACAGUGGAUUCGCUCUAUGCUCCCAGUCUUGUUGAGAUGAAUGGUGGUGUGUUUGCCGUUGCCGAGGCGCUGUGCACGAAGAGUGAAAACAGUGGAUGCCAUUUUACUGGGAUUGCCUCGGAGCUACUGACGUCGAAUAAUGAAAACCCAGAGGAGUUGGAUAAAAAGAAAUUGAAAACACAAGUACUGGAGGAAUGCUCUUCCGAUAAAACAAAAUGUCCCUCCCAAAACGCUUUUCAUGAUGGCUCUCAAGAAGUGAAGAACGUACAUGUGAGCCGACCAACAACAGUUGUGAAGGGAGAUGGUAUUUACAUGCUUGUUGGAAAAUACAGCCGGACAGCUGUUGCUGGUGCUCGGGAGAGUGGUGCCGAUGACUGGGGACUAUUGCUGGUGAAAGGGGAAGUCAGUGGUGAAGAUGAAAGUAACAAACAGAUUGAAUGGAAAGAUACCAACGCUGUCUCGACGACACCUUUCGGCGAACAACUUUCAUCCUUGACACGA